AGCCUGGUCCCGCUAGUUGAGAGCGAGUGAAAUAUACGCGGCUUUAUUUCUGUUUGCAAUUGCUGUAUUUAACAUUUUCUAUAUAUUAAAAAGAUGGUGCUACCGCUUUUGCAGCGCUCCACGCUUCGUGGCGUUCAACAGCUGACCAAGCCAUGGGCGAGCGCAGCGUGCAGUUUUCGCAUGGCAUCGCAGGACUUUCGCGUGGAGAGCGACACAUUUGGCGAGCUGAAGGUGCCCGCCGACAAAUACUAUGGCGCCCAGACGAUGCGCUCCCAGAUUAACUUUCCCAUUGGCGGUGCCACCGAACGCAUGCCGAAACCGGUUGUCCAGGCCAUGGGCAUCCUGAAGAAGGCCGCCGCCGAGGUCAACAAGGAGUUUGGGCUCGACCAGAAGGUGAGCGAGGCCAUCUCGAAGGCCGCCGACGAUGUCAUCUCCGGCAAGCUGUACGACGACCAUUUCCCCCUAGUCAUCUGGCAGACUGGCUCCGGCACCCAGAGCAACAUGAAUGUGAACGAGGUCAUCAGCAAUCGUGCCAUUGAGCUGAUGGGCGGCAAGCUGGGCUCCAAGACGCCAGUGCAUCCCAACGAUCAUGUGAACAAGUCGCAGAGCUCCAACGAUACCUUCCCGACGGCCAUACACAUCUCGGUCGCACUGGAGCUGAACAACAAUCUGAAGCCGGCGAUCAAGACGCUGCACGAUGCGCUUGCCGCCAAAUCGAAUGAGUUCAAGGACAUCAUCAAAAUUGGCCGCACCCACACAAUGGACGCGGUGCCAUUGACACUCGGCCAGGAAUUCGGCGGCUAUGCCCAGCAGCUGGCCUACGCCCUGGAGCGCAUCGAUGCCUGCCUGCCACGCGUCUACGAGCUGGCCCUGGGCGGCACAGCUGUCGGCACCGGACUCAAUACGCGCAAGGGCUUCGCCGAGAAGUGCGCCGCCAAGAUAGCCCAGCUGACGGGACUGCCCUUCGUGACGGCGCCCAACAAAUUCGAAGCGCUGGCCGCACGCGACGCCAUGGUCGAGGUGCACGGCGUGCUGAACACCAUUGCCGUCAGCCUGAUGAAGAUUGCCAACGAUAUACGCUUUUUGGGCUCGGGACCGCGCUGCGGUCUCGGUGAGCUCUCACUGCCAGAGAACGAGCCGGGCAGCUCCAUAAUGCCCGGCAAGGUGAAUCCCACACAGUGCGAAUCCCUUACAAUGCUUUCCGCCCAGGUCAUGGGCAACCAGGUCGCUGUCACAAUCGGCGGCGCCAAUGGACACUUUGAACUGAACGUCUUCAAGCCAUUGAUUGUGUCCAAUGUGCUGCGCUCCAUACGCCUGCUCUCCGAUGGCAGCCGCACCUUUACGGCAAACUGUGUGAAUGGCAUUCAGGCCAAUAAGGAGCGCAUUGCCAAGAUCAUGAACGAGUCCCUGAUGUUGGUCACCGCACUGAAUCCGCACAUUGGCUACGACAAGGCGGCCAAGAUAGCCAAGACGGCGCACAAGAACGGCACCACGCUCAAGGAGGAGGCCAUCAAUCUGGGCUAUUUGACGGAGCAGCAGUUCAACGAUUGGGUGCGACCCGAACAGAUGCUGGGCCCCAAAUAGACGCGCACCAUCCGUUUGGCUAACAAGUCGGCCCUGCCAAAACCGUCUGGCUAUCCAGGCUAGCUGGCGACUAUGUAUCAAGUUUGUUGUUCAGUUGAAAAUAGCUGCCACAAUAAAAAGCAACUCUUUGGAAAUUAA